UAGGAAAAUGGGGGAGCGUAGACUACAGUGUUAUGUCUUGCAGGCGAAUAUUUGGGUAUUGCCGUUUUUAAUUCGAUGAACGUGACAGGCAGACCACCCGGGGCCGGGAAGAAGUGAGGGAGCGAACGGCUUGUGCUGCCAAAUGGCAGAAUCGUGCAUAAACUAAUACAAUGUGGCGACCGAGGCCUGUUUGCUAGCCAGUUAGCAAGUGUGUCGCCUUUCCCCCCACAAUACAGCUCUGUAGUUGGCUGCCUACCUCUGUGUUUAGCGAGUCAUCAUAUUUGUAGAUGGUAUAUUUGUGAAUCAACCAGAAGAGAAAUGGUUCAUGCGAUGAAAAGUUAACCAGAGUAUCGAGCUUCAGGACAGUACUGACUAAACGGUACAUCUGCUUAGCUAGCUAGCUAGCUAGCUAAUCAACAUCUUAUAAGAGUACAACAUAGCUAGCUAGACCGAGCUAAGUUUGCUUACCGAAAGGAAUGGGUGGAAGUGCGCGUAUAUUGACGCAGCUGGAGUUACCUUUGUUAGCUAGUUACAUAGCUUAGGUUUUAAUAAAGUUUUUAAAAUAUUUCCAAAAUGUGUUGAAGGGCAGGGAUCCUUGACUUACCACACCAAGCUAGCUUGCUGGACAACUGUCGCUAGCGAUGUGCUCAAAACGACGUCGCAUCGGGAUCAACUAUCAACCUGAUAGUUUGCCAACAUCAUCAGCACGGAACAAAGGGAAAUGUGACUGACAGGCUCCGCACGAAGGAGAGAUCGGGGCCUCGGCUGAAGGAUGGAGGGCCUGGGUCUUCAGGCCGUGGCUCUGAGCGACGGCUCCACCGCCUACAUCCAGCAGGCCAUCAAAGAUGGGAGCCUGGUGGAAGGGGACACUGUCCAGCUGGAAGAUGGGACCACUGCGUACAUCCAGCAGGUCACGGUCCAGCAGAAAGAGGCCCUGCCCUUCGAGGAUGGCCAGGCAGUUCAGCUGGAGGACGGGACGACGGCCUACAUUCACCACACUCCUAAAGAUGGCUAUGACCCGAACGCGGUGGAGGCAGUGCAGCUGGAGGACGGCAGUACGGCCUACAUUCACCACCCCUCAGGGCUGCAUGCAGGCGGCACCAUCCUCACUGUGCAUGCAGGGGGCGCUCUGGAGGAGCUCGCCACUGAGGAUCCUGUUGAAAAUGACACCAUUUCCACUCUGGAGCAGUACGCUGCCAAGAUGACUGAGUCAGAGGCUGAGGUGGAGGAGGGCAUAAGUGGCACAAAUGGGCUCCAGGACCAUGGGGUGCAGCACGCCACCGUGCAGGUGAUGUUCGAGGAGAAGUCGUGGGGCAGCGGCAAGGCACAGCAGGGGGUGGAGAAGAGCUUCCGCUGUGACUACGAGGGCUGUGGCCGUCUGUACACCACCGCCCAUCACCUCAAGGUGCACGAGCGCGCCCACACUGGCGACCGGCCGUACCGGUGCGACGUGCCCUCGUGCGGGAAGGCCUUCGCCACGGGCUACGGGCUGAAGAGCCACCUGCGCACGCACACGGGCGAGAAGCCCUACAAGUGCCCCGAGGACAUGUGCUACAAGGCCUUCAAGACAUCGGGGGACCUGCAGAAGCACGUGCGCACGCACACGGGUGAGAAGCCCUUCAAGUGCCCGUUCGAGGGCUGCGGCCGCUCCUUCACCACCUCCAACAUCCGGAAGGUGCACAUCCGCACCCACACGGGCGAGCGGCCCUACAUGUGCCCGGAGCAGGGCUGCGGCCGCGGCUUCGCCAGCGCCACCAACUACAAGAACCACAUGAGGAUCCACACAGGAGAGAAGCCAUACGUGUGCACGGUGCCAGGCUGUGGGAAGCGCUUCACUGAGUACUCCAGCUUGUAUAAGCACCAUGUGGUCCACACACACUGCAAGCCCUACACCUGCAACCACUGCGGCAAGACCUACCGGCAGACCUCCACUCUGGCCAUGCACAAGCGCACCACGCACGGGGACUUCGAGGCCACCGAGGAGGCAGAGUUGGAGUCUCUGGAGGCGCCUAUGAAGCAGCCCAGGGUGGCUUUCCUGGAUGGAGAGGAGGCCAAGGAAGAGGGCACCCAGAUCACCAUGGUAACAGAGGACACCAUUGGCUCCCAGGUGGCCCUGAUCACACAAGACAGGCCGCAGCAGGUCGCCCUGUCCCACGAGGAGCUGCAGGUGCUCGGCACGGCCAUCACCAUGGUGACGCAGGACGGCACCACCAUCACCGUCCCCGCCCACCAGGGGGACAUCGACGGCGCGGGGGAGCACACUGUAACCAUGGUGACAGGGGACGGCAAGGAGCUGCAGCCGGUUGCCAUAGUGUCGUCAGACAGCCUUAUGGCCGGAGCCUCGGACAUGUCCACCCCGCAUUACCAGCAGGUGGCUCUGUUGGCCACUGCCAACGGGACUCAGAUCGCUGUCCAGCUGGAGGAGCAGCAGACCCUGGAGGAGGCAAUCAGCAUGGCCACGGCUGCCAUCCAGCAGGGCGGCCUGUCCCAGGACGGGGUCGUCUCCGAGGCAGGGUGCUGAGGGACCCCCCACGCGGCACACUUCCCACCCCCUAGAACGGCGCAGACAGCCAAAUCAGCCAGGCGCCCUCCCCCUGGACAGAACCUGCCUGCCAAGCUCCCCUCCCCACCGCCCCUGGCCUGCUUUAACUCCGCCCAACAGGGCCCGACCCAGACGGGCACUCGGAGGACCGAGGAGCCUUAGAGAGCAUCGCCAUGGACCGGAAAGCCAGGCCUCAUCGUUAGUCCUCAGAGCAAGCGGAACUCGUUUUGUGUUGCACAAUUUGCAUAGUUCUGCAACUUUAUAGUCAGAGAACAGACUACAGAUCUGUUUUGUUUUAAUUCCAGAACACCAUGUUUUUUAAAGUGUGUGCGUGUGUGUGUGUGCGUGCGUGUGUGCGUGUGCGCGCGUGUGCGUUAGUUUCCACAACAUAGGAUGAGUGGAACGCAAAGUGAAGGGAGCCUUGAUUUUCACUGAAGGCUGGCGGCUAGCACCUCCAUACUCAAGAAACUACUGACGAAUGUGUAGCAAAUGAGGAGAAUGCCUUUUGUCUCUGAGGGAAGCAAGUUCCAGAGUCACACAGGAAAAUGUUAAUCUCAGCCUUUAGCAUAUCACUUAGAGAGGAGGGUGACGGUGAAGAAGAGUGAAUUACUGGUAUGUUCAGGGUUGCGCACCUCUGGUCCAGAAAACUCAUGGUCCAGCCAGUUUGAAGUCUUAUUUAACCUAGUGUAUACAGUUCCAGUGCUUUGAGGUCUUUAGUGGUUCUGCCUCAAUAGUUGCCUUUGACAUGAAAUCAAGAAAUUGAGAUCUCAGAUUGAGUAAGACCCAGAGCUGCUCUGGAGUGCAAGGCCCAAAGUUCUGUGCAGCGAGAAUGUCUAACUCAACCAAAAACAAUGCUGUAUAUCCCAUUAGGGGAUGGGUCCAGUUAUAGAAUAGAAUGGCUUGCAGACCCUGUGACCACAAGGUCAGUAGUUGAAUACAGACCCACUUUUGAAACCCACAGUUUUGGCCGAGGCUUACAGUAGCACAGAACAGCUGUACUAAAUCGCUGUUAGGCUGCAUGAGCCCAACCAGCUACAGGCUUACAAAAUACUUGCUCGCUGAGAAGUGUCAAAGUACACCGCUUAAUAACGCACCUGUCAAACACAGAGGCUCGAGCCUAUGGCCUUGGUGUUCAGGUCACAGAUUCAUGGUCCUGGUCCAGCCGCUUGAGGACCAGGGUCAGGGCAGGUUUGAACCAAUGGAUGUGGAAGUUGCCCACACAAGACAGAAGUGCAAAUCUCCCGCUGCUUAGAAUUUUAAGACAGAACAGCCUGGAGGGUCUGCACCGUGUUACCGUUUUGAUUUCGAUUAGCAUCCAAAGUAAAUCUGUCGACAUAUCAAUAAACAAGGUCUAUCACUGACGUUCCCUUUUGUGGGGAAACGGUGUCUCUUACAAAGUCCCUGUGAUUG